AUGGCGUCAACGAUUCUUCCUGAUAUUGUUGACCCUCUUAAUCCAGAUCAUGAAGAAGAAUUACUCUCAUAUUCUCAACCACCACGUUUUUUUAAUUCCGAUGAUAAAGAGAGUGAUAUUGAUGUAGAUUAUAUGUAUGCUCCAUUUGGUCGCCCUCCUUCAAGGUUAGGUAAUCAUUCCGAUUCUAUGGGUUCUGGUUCGAAAAAAUCAAGAAGAAAAUCUUCUACUACAUCGUUAACUCGAUUAAAAGUUGAUAAUUCUUUUUUAAAGAAUCAAAAUAUUAAACUUUUAUUAGAACUUGAACAUUCUAGAUUAACUAUUCAAGCUUUAAAAAAUAUUGUUAAUCAAAAAGAGUCUACUUUACAAAGUUAUCGUAAUGAAAAUCAAAAGGCUAUACUAAAAAUUAGAGUUUUAGAGGCUUUGAUAUUUAGUAAACAUGCCAAGGACGGAAGUAUAAUCAUUAGGAGUAGUGGCGGUGGCAGUGUAAAUGAAAACGGGUUAUCCACCAAUGAUAAAAUUGGUAUUAAGGCUGAUAAUAAGGUUGAUAAUAUUGAUAAGAAGAUUAAACAUCAAAGACGUUGGUCUAUUGAUUUUGGUCCACGUAGUCAUUUGAAUCCUGAUGAUGAUGUUUUACCUGAUGAUAAUGCUGAUAUAACUUUAUCACAACAUUCUUCACGUCGUCGUCAUUCAAUAUCACCAACUUCUUCAUCUACUGUUUGCGCUGAUAAUACUGCGAAUGAUUCAAAAUCUCGUGGUGGUAUGCCACGUUUAAUUAAAUUUAAAACCGGAGAUAUAAUUCAAACUUUAGCAUCUUGUCGUCCUACUAGUACCAAAAAUGGUUACGAUUUUUCACCACCAAGUACACCAAUUCCAUUUGAUAAAAAUGAAAUAAGUGAUGAUGAUAAUGGUGAGGAAUCAGAUGUAGAUGAGGUUUGUGAAAAUUUGGAUGGAAAUAGUAUUGAUGAAAAAUUACAAAGACAAAGAAGAUUGGGACAAGGUUUACUAAGUAAAAUAUUUUCUUCAUCAACUUUUCCAUCUUCAAUAACAAUUACACCAGCGGCUCGUGGGUCAUUAAGUCGUUAA